CGCGCGACUUCCGGCGCCUGGAGCCGCACCGGUUGAGCGGCUGCCUGAGGGAGGCUUGAGCCGCGGAGAGCGAGAGAGGCGUCGCGGAGGCCAUGCUGGGGCGGCGGGGCUUGUCCUUCGGGCACCUGCUCCUGGCCACGGGGCUCGGCGUGGCGGGAGGCAUCUACAUUUACCAGCCCAUCUUCCAAGAAUACAGUAAGAAUAUAAAAAGUCAAAAAGAAAAAGGGGAAAAAAUACGAAAAAACAGAAAAAAAGAUACAUAA